AUGAAGAAAUGGAGUCCGACACGUACCAUUACGGCGGUGGCUGUUGUAAUGUCAGUGAGGAAGCCGCAUCUGAGAGCCGCAGGACAAAGUCCGUCAUUGAAAUGCCCACGCCAGCACCCGUCCCGCUUGAAGCUGAAGCUGAAGUCUUCAGAAGGGGUCCGUGUUCAUUCAUCAUCACAAGACGAGGAAAGUAUGCUGCCCCCAGAAACCUUGACAGCUCUUGGGGAAGGAAAAACGUCCGAAGAAAUUUUUGAGCAGAAGAUCCCUACGGAAGUCUCUAAACGUUGGGGUAAAAUCCUGAUAGAAGGGUUGACGAAGGAACAGAAGGAGAACUUUCUGACUAAAACACUGAUCCUCGAAUAUUUUCAACUUGCUAAAGCUCCAAGAUUGAACGCCAAGUUUGUGUCAGUAAUUAAUGAAUCGCCUAAAAAUCGUUACAGGCGUUUAGAAAAGAUGCAAAACUAA